GAUGGUGAAAAGCCCGGUCGUUACGGGCAUUUCCCCUAAGGAAGGUCCACCCGGUACGCGCGUAACGAUACGGGGCGAAUUUCUUGGCAUCAAGUCAACGGAUCUGAUCGGUUUAACCAUCUGCGGAUGUGAUUGUCUACUGUCGGCGGAAUGGAAAUCGGACAAGAAGAUAAUAGCCCGUACCGGGGCAGCCAAAGGCAAGGGGGACAUUAUAGUGACAACGCGCGGAGGUGGCAUGGGCAGCUGUACGGUGCAGUUCCGUGCGUACUACGAAACGAUUGGUCCGAUGAAAGAGUCCGCUGUAUGGAUUGAGGAAUCACCGAUGCAAUCGUUGGCCUGGGGACGACGGUCGCUAGCCCCAACCGGUUACACACAGGAAGAUCCGCUCGGCCUAUCGAACGAGGGUAAUGAGAAAAAGUUUCCAGAAGAUUUGCGUGACCUGUUUCCGGAAGGUUCGGGUGAUUUAUCGCAGGAAAACUUUACCCCCGGUUGGUUUCUGCUCGAGAAUCAUCAUGCAACUUCGUUUGAAGAUUUGAAGGCCGGUCUUUCGUAUCUGCGGCGUCGUGUCGAAAGCCAAAAGGAAGGGCAAUUGUCGUUUUUGAAAUCGAAUGCCGGUUCGGUGAUUGAUCAGCUCGAUACGCUGAUGACGUUGCGCGAUCGUAUAACGCAGGACAAUAAGGUGCACGGAAAGGAACCAGUGCGCCAGCUGGAUGUGGCCAUUCGUGGUUCGAUCGACGCAUCGCACGAACUUUUUAAGGAUGUGUUGGUGCGGAAGGAAAAGGCGGACGCAACACGGGCCGCGCUGUCGGCAAUGUCGCGCCACAAGUUCCUGUUCUGUUUGCCGAACACGGUUGAGAAGGCGGCACUGAAGAAUGAGUUCGAUAUUGUCGUGAAUGAUUAUGCACGUGUGAAGAACUUGUUUGGAAAAACGGAAGUUCCAAUCUUCCGGAAGGUAUUGGAAGAGGUGGACAUAAAGAUAUUGGCCAUCCGGCAACAGCUUCAUGGCAAAAUCAGAGAAAUGCCUCAAGGUGUUGAGCAGCAGAAAAAAAUGAUCAAAGCGCUCAUUAGCCUGGAAGCACAGCAAACCGGUACAAGCGUUGCCGGGAAGCUGAAGAUCGAGGACCCAGCAUGGGACGCGAUCGAGGCACGUGCAAAGCAUCUGGAAGAAACGUUCCUCAAAGCGUACGAACAAUACACCAGCAAGGAAUCGCACGGUAGCGAAUCGAAGUCUCGUACUGAUCCGGCAGUCACCCCGGUACGCGUCCAGUUCUGUGAGGAAAUGACCGAAAUCGCUGCGAGUCAGUUUCCCGAUCUGUGGCGGCUUGGACAGGCACACUUCAAUGGAGAACUACGUGGAGCUGCUCCUCCGAAGCCGGGCAAUUUCAAGCGCAUCAUUCUUACCGCUAUCGAGCAAUUCUGUUCCUAUCUCCGUUCGGCACUGUUGGCCACAUCUAGCGCGCACCGUUCGCUAGUAGCAGCGGUCAGUGCUGUCAAGGGUAUGCCCAGCUGGCCAUCCGCAAGUCCAUCGUUGAACUUUCUCAUCACUUGGUUGCCACACUGUUUGCGGUACGUUCGCGUCUCGUACGCCACACUGAUUCGACUCGAUCUUCCCAAUGAAGCGCUCGAUAUAGUGCUAAAGUUUAUCGACGAGCUACGGCUGUACUGCAUGUCGACGAUCCUGAAGAAAGCCAACGAGCGUGUAAAGAAGCUACACGAGAAGGAACAGUGGGAACUGUCGGUGACGGAAUUUGCCGGCGCAACCAGUUUGCCUGCCAAACUGGAGGAAAUUUUAGUCGAAGCGAUCGAUGACGCACAAGUCGCUUGUCUUAUGCCGGAAGUGCGCGAAGGAACGUUGCUCGAACCACAGUCCGAUGGUCAGCGGGAGCUAUCAAAACGAUUCCAAGAGAUCCUAACAUCCUUCUGUACCGUGAUUGAAACACUUGCGCUCCAACGUUCCGAUGAGGAUCCUCAGCAGGCACCGAUGCUUUCACAGCUGAUCGGUUUCCCGGCAGCCCUGCUGCAGCAACAGAUGAGCACCGGGGAUAAGCGGGAAUGGGUGAAUCCGGCCAUUACAUGGGAGCAACGUUUGCUUUGCUGUCUGUCCAACUGUAUCUACUGCAAUCGUAUCUUUUUCCCCAAGUUGGGCAAUCUUUUCACGCGUCACAGUUUCCCGGUACCGACGCUGGCGAUUGAAAAUUCGCGUUCCACAAUUAAUGGUAUUUUUGCCAGCUUGCUGGAAAUGUACGUAGAGCACAAGAGUGAUCCUCUGGUCGGUACGAUCGAACCAUCGAUGUAUCUGGGCAGUUUCCAGUGGGAUCAGGUCGGUCCGUCGGAGAAGCUCAGUCCGUACGCACACGAGUGUCUGGACAAUUUGGUGUCGGUGUACUCGGAGAUUUUUGCUAUCUCGCCGUCACUCCUGCGCCCCAUACUGGAACCAAUCGUACAGACGGUAGCGGAAGAGUUGGCGCGACUGAUGACCUGUGUACAGAAGUUCAAUGUAAAUGGUGCGUUGCAGGCGACGGUAGAUAUUAACGUGAUUCGCGAUGCUGUACGAGUGUACAGUAACGAAACAGCCAAGAGUUUCUUCGUUGAGGCACUGGACGCUAUUCCAUCGGUUCCGGAAAGUGAGCAAAGAACAUAUGAAACGGUGAAAACGAUCAAGAACAAUAUCCGCUUGCAGAUCAUGUGCCUCCAGGUAGUGGAUCCUUGAUUGGAUGCGUUCAUAUGGAUAUCUUGUCGUACGAAAAAGAAAUCCAUAUCGGACCGCUCCGGGAAGUAAACGU